GCGAGGUUUCCGGUGUUGUGACUGAAACCCGUCAAUAUGGCGGCGGUCGGCCGCGGCCGCUCGCUGAAGAACCUCCGAAUACGAGGGCGGAAUGACAGCGGCGAGGAGAACGUCCCGCUGGAUCUGACCCGAGAACCGUCUGAUAACUUAAGGGAGAUUCUCCAAAAUGUGGCCAAAUUGCAAGGAGUAUCAAAUAUGAGAAAGCUAGGCCAUUUGAAUAACUUUACUAAGCUGCUUUGUGAUAUUGGCCACAAUGAAGAAAAACUGGGUUUUAACUAUGAGGAUAUCAUAAUUUGCUUGCGGUUAGCUUUAUUGAAUGAAGCAAAAGAAGUGCGGGCAGCAGGGCUACGAGCUCUUCGGUAUCUCAUCCAAGACUCCAGUAUUCUGCAGAAGGUGCUAAAAUUGAAAGUGGACUAUUUAAUAGCUAGGUGCAUUGACAUACAGCAGAGCAACGAGGUAGAGAGGACACAAGCACUUCGAUUAGUCAGAAAGAUGAUUACUGUGAAUGCUUCCUUGUUUCCUAGCUCUGUGGCCAACUCAUUAAUAGCAGUUGGAAAUGAUGGACUCCAAGAAAGAGAUAGAAUGGUUCGAGCAUGCAUUGCCAUUAUCUGUGAACUAGCACUUCAGAAUCCAGAGGUGGUGGCCCUUCGAGGUGGACUAAACACCAUCUUGAAAAAUGUGAUCGAUUGCCAAUUAAGUCGAAUAAAUGAGGCUCUCAUUACUACAAUUUUACACCUCCUUAAUCAUCCAAAGACCCGACAGUAUGUACGAGCUGAUGUAGAAUUAGAGCGAAUUUUAGCACCCUAUACUGAUUUUCACUACAGACAUAGUCCAGAUACAGCUGAAGGACAGCUUAAAGAAGACAGAGAAGCAAGGUUUCUAGCAAGUAAAAUGGGAAUCAUAGCAACAUUCCGGUCAUGGGCAGGUAUUAUUAAUUUAUGUAAGCCUGGAAACUCUGGGAUUCAGUCUCUAAUUGGAGUACUUUGCAUUCCAAAUAUGGAAAUAAGGCGAGGUCUCCUUGAAGUGCUUUAUGAUAUAUUUCGUCUUCCUCUACCUGUUGUGACUGAAGAGUUCAUAGAAGCACUGCUCAGUGUAGAUCCAGGUAGAUUUCAAGACAGUUGGAGGCUUUCGGAUGGCUUUGUAGCAGCUGAGGCAAAAACUAUUCUUCCUCAUCGUGCCAGAUCCAGGCCAGACCUCAUGGAUAAUUAUUUGGCACUGAUACUCUCAGCAUUUAUUCGUAAUGGGCUUUUAGAGGGUUUGGUUGAGGUGAUAACAAACAGCGAUGACCAUAUCUCAGUUAGAGCUACCAUCCUUUUAGGAGAGCUUUUACAUAUGGCAAACACAAUUCUUCCUCAUUCACAUAGCCAUCAUUUGCACUGCCUGCCAACCCUAAUGAAUAUGGCUGCAUCCUUUGAUAUCCCUAAGGAAAAGAGACUGCGAGCCAGUGCAGCCUUGAACUGUUUAAAACGCUUCCAUGAAAUGAAGAAACGAGGACCUAAGCCUUAUAGCCUUCAUUUAGAUCACAUUAUUCAGAAAGCAAUUGCAACACACCAGAAACGGGAUCAAUAUCUCCGAGUUCAGAAAGAUAUAUUUGUUCUUAAGGAUACAGAGGAAGCUCUUUUAAUGAACCUUAGAGAUAGCCAAGUCCUUCAACAUAAAGAGAAUCUUGAAUGGAAUUGGAAUCUUAUAGGGACCAUUCUUAAGUGGCCAAAUGUAAAUCUAAGAAACUAUAAAGAUGAACAGUUGCACAGGUUUGUACGAAGACUACUUUAUUUUUACAAGCCCAGCAGUAAAUUAUAUGCCAAUCUGGAUCUGGAUUUUGCUAAGUCCAAGCAGCUCACAGUUGUGGGUUGCCAGUUUACAGAAUUUCUUCUUGAGUCUGAAGAGGAUGGGCAAGGAUACUUAGAAGACCUAGUAAAGGAUAUUGUUCAGUGGCUCAAUGCCUCGUCUGGCAUGAAACCUGAAAGAAGUCUUCAAAAUAAUGGUUUAUUGACUACUCUUAGUCAACACUACUUUUUAUUUAUUGGAACACUUUCUUGCCACCCUCAUGGAGUCAAAAUGCUGGAAAAAUGCAGUGUAUUUCAAUGUUUACUUAACCUUUGCUCCUUGAAAAACCAAGAUCACUUGCUGAAACUGACUGUUUCGAGCUUGGACUAUAGCAGAGAUGGAUUGGCUAGGGUCAUACUUUCCAAAAUCUUAACAGCAGCCACUGAUGCCUGCAGGCUGUAUGCAACAAAACAUUUAAGAGUAUUAUUGAGAGCUAAUGUUGAAUUCUUCAAUAAUUGGGGAAUUGAAUUACUAGUGACCCAGCUGCAUGAUAAAAACAAAACGAUUUCUUCUGAAGCUCUUGAUAUUCUCGAUGAAGCGUGUGAAGACAAGGCCAAUCUUCAUGCUCUUAUUCAGAUGAAGCCAGCUUUAUCUCACCUUGGGGACAAGGGUUUGCUUCUCCUCCUGAGAUUUCUGUCCAUUCCAAAAGGGUUUUCCUAUUUGAAUGAAAGGGGUUAUGUAGCAAAACAAUUGGAAAAGUGGCACAAGGAAUAUAAUUCAAAAUAUGUUGACUUGAUUGAAGAACAACUUAAUGAAGCACUUACUACUUACCGAAAGCCAAUUGAUGGUGACAACUAUGUUCGUCGGAGUAACCAAAGAUUACAGCGUCCUCAUGUCUACCUACCUGUACACCUUUACGGACAACUGGUACACCACAAAACAGGCUGUCAUUUGUUGGAAGUACAGAAUAUUAUUACAGAACUCUGUCACAGUGUCCGUACACCAGAUUUGGAUAAAUGGGAAGAAAUUAAAAAACUGAAAGCAUCUCUAUGGGCCUUGGGAAAUAUUGGCUCAUCAAAUUGGGGUCUCAAUUUGCUACAGGAAGAAAAUGUGAUUCCAGAUAUACUAAAACUUGCAAAACAGUGUGAAGUUCUUUCCAUCAGAGGGACCUGUGUAUAUGUGCUUGGGCUCAUAGCCAAAACCAAACAAGGCUGUGAUAUUCUAAAAUGUCACAACUGGGAUGCUGUAAGGCACAGUCGGAAACAUCUGUGGCCAGUGGUUCCAGAUGAUGUAGAACAACUCUGUAAUGAACUCUCAUCUGUUCCAAGCACCCUGAGUUUGAACUCAGAGUCAACCAGCUCGAGACAUAAUAGUGAAAGUGAAUCUGCGCCAUCAAGUAUGUUCAUAAUGGAGGAUGACCGGUUUGGCAGCAGCUCUACUAGUACAUUUUUCCUUGAUAUCAAUGAAGAUGCAGAGCCAGCAUUUUAUGAUCGAUCUGGACCUAUGAAGGAUAAAAAUUCAUUCCCUUUCUUUGCUUCUAGUAAACUUGUGAAGAAUCGUAUCUUAAAUUCGCUUACUUUGCCUAAUAAAAAACAUCGUAGUAGCAGUGAUCCAAAAGGAGGGAAACUGUCAUCUGAAAAUAAGACAAGCAACAGGCGGAUCAGAACGCUUACAGAGCCCAGUGUUGACUUCAAUCAUAGUGAUGAUUUCACACCCAUAUCCACAGUACAGAAAACAUUACAAUUAGAAACUUCAUUUGUUGGGAAUAAGCACAUUGAAGACACUGGUAGUACUCCAAGUAUUGGAGAGAAUGACUUAAAAUUCACCAAGAGUCUUGGUACAGAGAAUCACAGAGAAAACACAAGCCGAGAGAGAUUAGUUGUAGAAAGUUCAGCGAGCUCACAUAUGAAGAUACGUAGCCAAAGUUUUAAUACAGACACUACAACAAGUGGCAUAAGUUCAAUGAGCUCAAGUCCUUCACGAGAGACAGUAGGUGUAGAUGCUACGACUGUGGACACAGACUGUGGAAGUAUGAGUACUGUGGUAAGUACUAAAACUGUUAAGACAAGCCACUAUUUGACGCCACAGUCUAACCAUCUCUCUCUCUCUAAAUCAAACUCAGUGUCCCUGGUGCCUCCAGGUUCUUCUCAUACACUUCCUAGAAGAGCACAGUCCCUUAAAGCACCCUCUAUUGCUACAAUUAAAAGUCUAGCAGACUGUAACUUUAGUUACACAAGUUCUAGAGAUGCCUUUGGCUACGCUACACUGAAAAGAUUACAGCAACAAAGAAUGCAUCCAUCCUUAUCUCAUUCUGAAGCUUUGGCGUCUCCAGCAAAAGAUGUGCUGUUUACUGAUACCAUCACCAUGAAAGCCAACAGCUUUGAGUCCAGGUUAACACCAAGCAGGAUCGAUUUUAAAAAGAAGCAUGUCGGGGGAAUCAGGAGCUUAAGACCUACAAUAACAAACAACCUUUUCAGGUUCAUGAAAGCUUUAAGUUAUGCUUCGCUAGAUAAAGAAGAUUUAUUAAGUCCUAUUAACCAAAAUACCCUGCAGCGAUCCUCCUCAGUGAGGUCCAUGGUGUCCAGUGCAACAUACGGUAGCUCAGAUGACUAUAUUGGUCUUGCUCUUCCAGUAGACAUCAAUGAUAUAUUCCAGGUAAAGGAUAUUCCCUAUUUUCAGGCAAAAAACAUACCUCCACAUGAUGAUCGAGGUGCAAGAGUGUUUGCCCAUGAUGCAGGAGGUCUUCCAUCUGGAACUGGAGGUCUUGUAAAAAACUCUUUUCACUUGCUACGACAGCAGAUGAGUCUUACAGAAAUAAUGAAUUCAAUCCAUUCAGAUGCUUCUCUGUUUUUAGAAAGCACAGAAGACACUGGACUACAGGAACAUACAGAUGAUAACUGUCUUUAUUGUGUCUGUAUUGAAAUUCUGGGUUUCCAGCCCAGUAACCAACUGAGUGCAAUAUGUAGUCAUUCAGACCUUCAAGACAUUCCAUAUUCUGAUUGGUGUGAGCAGACUAUCCAUAAUCCCUUAGAAGUAGUUCCGUCUAAAUUUUCGGGCAUUUCUGGAUGCAGUGAUGGAGUGUCUCAAGAAGGAUCAGCCAGCAGCACCAAAAGCACAGAAUUGCUACUAGGUGUUAAAACAAUUCCAGAUGAUACACCAAUGUGCCGUAUACUCCUUCGCAAAGAAGUUCUGAGAUUAGUCAUUAAUUUGAGUAGUUCAGUUUCAACUAAAUGUCAUGAAACUGGGCUUUUAACAAUUAAGGAGAAGUAUCCUCAAACAUUUGAUGACAUAUGCCUUUACUCUGAGGUUUCCCAUUUGCUGUCACACUGCACAUUUAGACUUCCAUGUCGGAGGUUCAUACAAGAAUUAUUUCAGGAUGUACAGUUUUUACAAAUGCAUGAAGAAGCAGAGGCUGUCUUGGCAACACCACCAAAGCAACCGAUAGUUGAUACAUCUGUUGAAUCCUGACCUCAUAUUUAUGAUGUAUAUAGAUGUAUACUAUAUAUAUUCAUAUUUGUGGACUUCUAAAAGCCUCAGAAAAUGCCGAUUGGGCAGCAAAGAUAGGAGUAUCUUCUAUACGCUGUUCCAGCAAUUAUUGGUACAUGAGCAGUUGGAACUGCGGACUUCCCUAACCGAAACAACUUCCUCUCUCCCCCGUUGAGCCCUUUUGGGGGUUCACUGUUCAUUACCACAGUUUUAAGAGUUUUAGUUACCAUAGUAUGCAAGAGCCAAGCACUGAAUACCUACGUAGGUUUUCUAUUUUUUCAUUUUAAGAGCAUAAUAACAGUGGAACAAUAAUAAGAUAUGCAGAAGCACCCUUCACACCCCUAUUUCUGAAUUCUUUUUUUAGGGUAAAUAUAAAGAUGCCUUGUUUGUUAACUAAUUUGUGGAAACUAGGAAUCAGUGUCUCUGAGGCUGCAUCCUAUUAGCACAAUGGGGUGUGCUGUAACUGCUGGUAUUAGAGGGGGAUCUUUGGCCCUUCCACUUUUUUCUUCAUGUUUAUAACACUACUUCAGAGGUUUGUAACCUCACAGCGAAAGAAGAGCCUCAACAACCAGGACUUAUAAAUUAUUUUUAUGUUACUAGACUUACAUAAAGUUUCUUAUUUGUUUUCCAUCUCUUCAGUUUUGUUGCAAUGUGUUAUCAUAGGCUAUUUGAACUAAUUAAGGUUUUUCACUACAGUUCCUGAUUAAAAUCAGAAAAUUAUUUUAUAAUUCAAAGUAUUUUCCAUUCAUAGAAUGCAUAUAUUUUCAGUGGACUUCCAUUUUCAUCAGCUUCCCAUAUCACCAUUUUAAACCGUAACUUGAACAAGCACUAUUAAUUUAGACCUAAAGCAAAAGAAAGCAUUAAAUAAAAUCUUGCAUCUCUUGAGGAAAAGAUAAGUUUGCCUACAAUUUAUACAUUCC